AUGGAGAAGGCCUUACCAGUGCAGCUGCUGCACAUGCUGGAGGAUUUGGGAAAAGAGGAGCUGGAAUGUUUCCAGUGGUACCUGCACAAUGAACCUGGAGAUGAUUUCACGACCAUCAAAAAGUGCCAUCUGGAGAACGCGGACAGACGGCAAACAGUAGAUGUGAUGGUGCAGGUGUAUUCAGACCAUGUGAUGGAGGUGGCGAGGAAGGCCCUCAGCCCAGGAUGCUUCAUCAAUUUCAUCAGAAGAGCAGUGCUGACAAAGGGAGUGGCUGGCAUUGGGAAAACAGUCUUAACACAGAAAUACACCCUGGACUGGGCUGAAGACAAAGCCAACCAGGACAUCCAGUUCAUAUUUCCAUUCACUUUCAGAAAGCUGAAUGUGCUGAAAGAGGAAAAGUUCAGCUUGGUGGAACUUGUUCAUCACUUCUUUAUUGAAACCAAAGAAGCAGGAAUCUGCAGCUUUGAAGACUUCCAGGUUGUGUUCAUCUUUGAUGGUCUGGAUGAGUGUCGACUUCCUCUGGACUUCAACAAAACUACAAUCCUAACUGACCCCAGAAAGUCCACCUCAGUGGAUGUGCUGCUGAUAAAUCUGAUCAGGGGUGAACUUCUUCCCUCUGCUCACCUCUGGAUAACCACACGACCUGCAGCAGCCAGUCAGAUCCCUCCUAAAUGUGUUGGCAGGGUGACAGAGGUCAGAGGGUUCACUGACCCACAGAAGGAGGAGUACUUCAGGAAGAGAUUCAGAGAUGAGGAGCAGGCCAGCAGGAUCAUCUCCCACAUCAAGACAUCACAAAACCUCCACAUCAUGUGCCACAUCCCAGUCUUCUGCUGGAUCACUGCUACAGUUCUGGAGGAUGUGCUGGAAACCAGAGAGGGAGGACAGCUGCCCAAGACCCUGACUGAGAUGUACAUCCACUUCCUGGUGGUUCAGGCCAAAGUGAAGAAGGUCAAAUAUGAUGGAGGAGCUGAGACAGAUCCACACUGGAGUCCAGAGAGCAGGAAGAUGAUUGAGUCACUGGGAAAACUGGCUUUUGAUCAGCUGCAGAAAGGAAACCUGAUCUUCUAUGAAUCAGACCUGACAGAGUGUGGCAUCGAUAUCAGAGCAGCCUCAGUGUACUCAGGAGUGUUCACACAGAUCUUUAAAGAGGAGAGAGGACUGUACCAGGACAAGGUGUUCUGCUUCAUCCAUUUGAGUGUUCAGGAGUUUCUGGCUGCUCUUCAUGUUUAUCUGACUUUCGUCAACUCUCGAGUCAAUCUGCUUAAAAAACAACAACCAAAACCAUGGUCUAAUUUAUUUAAAAAGAAAAUUAGUUUGAAAUCUUUCCACCAGAGUGCUGUGAACAAGGCUUUAAAGAGUCCAAAUGGACACCUGGAUUUGUUCCUCCGCUUCUUCCUGGGUCUUUCACUGCAAACCAAUCAGACACUCCUACAAGGCCUUUUGACACAGACAGGAAGUAGCUCACAGACCAGUCAGGAAACAGUCCAGUACAUCAAGAAGAAGCUCAGUAAAAAUCUGUCUUCAGAGAAAAGCAUCAAUCUGUUCCACUGUCUGAAUGAACUGAAUGAUCAUUCUCUAGUGGAGGAGAUCCAACAGUCAUUGAAAUCAGGAAGUCUCUCCACAGAUAAACUGUCUCCUGCUCAGUGGUCAGCUCUGGUCUUCAUCUUACUGUCAUCAGAAAAAGAUCUGGAUGUGUUUGAGCUUAAGAAAUACUCUGCUUCAGAGGAGGCUCUUCUGAGGCUGCUGCCAUUGGUCAAAGCCUCCAACAAAGCUCUGUAAGAACAUCUGUACUCACUUUACUUUUAACAUCCAAUUGUGCCAGUAAUUUAUUUCACCAGGCUUUCUGUCUUUGUAUGAAUUUGUACCCUAAAGUUUUGGAAUUUCUCCAAUACAACUGUAACUUCUUUGAUGGCUCAAGAACUCAGUGUGCUCGAGACUGAAUCAACCAUAAACUAUGAUCAUCACUGCUGCUGUUGCAUUAUCAGUCUUUGUUUAAAAACUGGGAGCUGCAUGUGCCUAAUGUUGUAAUACUUUAUAUUUACAUGCAUUCUCCUAGAUACAUUUCUACUGCAGGUCUAUUUUUAGUCACAAAUGUUGGUGAAAGGCUUGCUUUUACAUGCGUCGUGGCUCAUGCAUUAAACAAAGCAUUUGCAUUGAGAAUUUCUUAAUAAACAAAUUAUUUGAAUUAAUCGGUGAAUCAUUGCAGCCAUAGAAACAUCCUUAGUUUCACUUUUUUAAGCUUCGAUUUCUGGGCACUUCCCAGGAUGUACUGAGCAUUAUUUCUUCACCGACCUUUCUUCAAUUUCCAUUUGUUGCACCACUGUUAAACUGAAUUGAUUACGAAACUCUUCCUCUGUCUUCCACAGUGGGUUUUUUGUUUGUUUGUUUUUAGCCUGCUCCCUCCCCUCACUCCAAAUUGGUUGCAGCAGAUGGUUGUCCCUCCCUGAACCCGCUUUUCUUCCAGUUUUUCUUUCACACUGUUGCCCAGUGGGGGUUGUUAAAAUGUUGCUACAGACUUUGGUGCAGAACAUCAGUUAAUCUUCAAUCUGAAACUACCUGUUUUAGCUACUUCCCCUUUAAGCACACUGCAGCAAGGACCCCAAGCAGACACAUAGUUAUCAGUUCAUUUAGCAUCUUUUUAUUUUAACUGGGCAGCAAAUCCUAACAGUCAAGCUGCCCCGCAUACAUGUCCACCUCCUCCACUGCAAAAACCCAAAAAAGACACCAACGUCAGUCAUCCUGACCCAGCACACCUGUGUUUCAACCAUGCCUCCGUGCCGCACCGUCGAGCACAUUAGCUGCGUCCCAAUCCCCACAUGCUUCGUAGUACCCGCACUUUGCUGACUACGUGGCCCGCCACGAAGUGCGAGAAGGGUGGAAGUGAGAGGCUUGUGAAAUGGGACGGUCUGGCUAUCGUCUAUGGGCAGAAAUCUGUGCCAUCAGAAACUGAAUUUGAAUAAGUUAAAUUUGAAUUUGAAUUGCUU